AUGGAGAGGAUGAGGAAGAUCAAACGACAAUUGUCGCUCACCCUGGGGAGGGGCGGUGCCACAGGAGGGGACAGGAAGCUGAGUGAUACAGUCAACCAGGAUGUGACAUCACACAGUGACUCAGGUAACACCACAUGGCCAGAAGAAGUGUUUAAAAAGCAGCAGUCCCUCAAGUGUCCUCUAGAGGCCUGUUGCAAAAUGCUUAUCCAUUCACAAUAAGCAGAAGUCAAGAGUGUAAAAAGGAUGAUGAAGAAAGCAAUUUUGGUCUUAAUAUCUUGCUUCUCUCUUCGCAAAACUCACCGGCCUCAACGCCAUAUCUUUACCUGCUGCUUACUUGACCCAAAAUUAGUACAAGUGACCAUUUCAAAUAUGGCACACGCCAACAUAAUGCUCCAGCACUCUGAACCCAGAAACCAACGGGUUCACUAAUCCCUAAUUUCCACCACAUCCUGAACCGCUACGAAAAGGCUGUAUCCGCCGAUUGUAGCUGAUAGUAACCAUUCAAGUUAACGUGACAAUUUACACCGACUUCUUUCCGUUCCUCUGCGGAUCGCCGGACUCCACAGCUGAUCGCAAGAGUUCAAUUUUUUCCAGACGCCGGAGCAUGCCGGAUAAUUUCAGCACAGAUUAACCCGUGCUGGAAAGGAAGUCGGGCACAGACACAAAAUAAAACAUCCGGCUUCUUUUCAAAAUAAAACACUCCGUGUUUCAGGAGGAUCGUAUUUUACACCAUGCAGAUGGGUGGAGAGGAACAAGUGAAAGGUUAUUAGACGUCAUUUCACCCCGAUGACACCAUGGAUGAGGAGAUGCUGAUUCUAGAAGUCUAGAGGUAGAUUUCCUCUUCUGGAAGGACACAAUCUACUGCUUAUAUGUCUAUGUGGCUGUCCUAAUAGAGACAACUUGUUCUUUAGUUUAGGAGAGUUUGUAAACAGUUGUAAUUUCACUGAUGAAAAUGAUAUUGAUAUAUGUUCAGCAGCACACUCUCAGUGCAUAUUCAGGCUGGGACUUGCAGCAGGCAGGGGGGUAGUUUGCAGCAGAGUAUGAAGAGACUGGGAUGAGAGUCAGCACCCUUAAAUCUAAAAAUCCCUUAAAGCGAGUCUUUGUCCCAUGUGAGGGAGUUCAAGUACCUCGGGGUUUACAGUCUGGUGCAGCGAUGUCCCCAAUAACCCUGAGCUGUGAGUAGUGACUAAAAAAACGAUCGAUGAAUGAUAUCCAACCUGUUUUCGUCCUUCUCUUGUGUCUCUCACCCCAUUAGAGGUGGUGUCUCGUCGAGGUUCUUCUUCAUCUGCUGGUUUAAAGGUUCGAGGUUCUUCUUCUUCAGUUUCAUCUCUUCUUCAGACGUACGGACGAAAACCCCGGAACCUUGGACGCAGCCUGAGCUCGUACCUGAACCACACCACCCGCCUGGGUACAUACACCGCAAACACAUACACAGAUAUUAAAGAUGAUACAACCAUACUACCCGUAGGGCUCACCCAAAUACUUCCAGGUGUUUCAGUGUUGUGUUUUUGCACCUUCAGAGAUCGUUCACGAGGAUGUAAAGAUGAGUUCUGAUGGUGAAAGUGAUCCAGCUUCUUCAUCAGACGACGUUCAGAGUCCAGUCAGAGUCCGACUGAGGAACAAGAAGAUCUCCACCGAGGUACACACACACAUGCGCGCGCACACACACACACACACACACACACACACACACACACACACACACACACACACACACACACACACACACCUUAAAGACAGACGUCCUCUCUUUGUCUCCCUCUCUGCUGUUUCAGGACAUAAACAAGCGUCUGUCUUUGCCAGCUGACAUCCGUCUUCCUGACGGCUACCUGGAGAAGUUCAAUGUCAUUGGUCCGGCUCUGUUUGAGCAGCCAAUCAGCAGGCGGCUUCGCAGAGUUUCCCUGGUUUGUAUGCCUUCACUCCCACUGUUUAUAUUUUCAGGUUUUUCAUUCACAAAGCUACGGGAUAUUUGGAUAGUUUCGGAUAAUGUAAGCUAGCAGCUGCUCCAUGCUAACAUCACUUCUUAAAAAGACGUCCAUCAUGCAUCGUGUCCCUCUCUGUUCUAACUAUCUGAUAAUGUUCCUGUUUUUGACGGCAAAGAAGGGCUCAAAUAUGAAACCUGUCCGUGUCUUUGCAGUCCGAGAUCGGUUUUGGGAAACUGGAGACGUACAUCAAACUGGACAAACUGGGCGAGGUGAGGACAAAUCUGAUGACCCAGAAUAAAGUUUGUUUUUGACCAUCUGUGGAGUCUUUAGAGAGUUAUUAGUGCAGCAUGAUAAAUAGGAAUAACAGUAAUACAGCUGAGAGGUGACAAAUACAUGGACUAGUUUUUCAAAGAGACAGGAUGUGUCUGAUUUAUGUGACCAUCACACUUGGUCCAGAAAAAAGGACAAACUUCGCCAACGAGGUCCAACUCGGAGUGGUUGAAAGUUUUGGCUGUGACUUUUUUUACAGUGUGUUGCUGUCUCACCUGUCUCUUCUUUAACUGUCUCACCUGCCUCUUCUUCAACUGUCUCACCUGUCUCUUCUUCAACUGUCUCACCUGUAUCCUUUUUAACUGUCUCACCUGUCUCUUCUUUAACUGUCUCACCUUCCUCUUCUUUAACUGUCUCACCUCUCUUUUCUUUAACUCUCUCACCUGUUUCUUCUUAAACUAUCUCACCUGUCUCUCCUUUACUAUCUGUCUAACCUGUCUGUCUCCCCUGUCUCCUUUUUUAUUGUCUCAUCUGUCUGUUUAAAUGCCUCACCUGUCUCUUCUUCAACUGUCUCACCUGUCUCUUUUUUUAACUUUCUUACUUGUCUCUUCUUUAACUGUCUCCUCUUCAACUGUCUCACCUGUCUCUUCUUCAACUGUCUCACCUGUAUCCUUUUUAACUGUUUCACCUCUCUUUUCUUUAACUGUCUCACCUGACUCUUCUUUAACCUACUCACCUGACUCUUCUUUAACUCUCUCACCUGUUUCUUCUUAAACUAUCUCACCUGUCUCUCCUUUACUGUCUGUCUCCCCUGUCUCCUUUUUUACUGUCUCAUCUGUCUGUUUAAAUGUUUCACCUGUCUCUUCUUUAACUGUCUCACCUGCCUCUUCUUCAACUGUCUCACCUGUCUCUUCUUUAACUGUCUCACCUGCCUCUUUUUCAACUGUCUCACCUGUCUCUUCUUCAACUGUCUCACCUGUCUCUUCUUCAACUGUCUCACCUGUAUCCUUUUUAACUGUUUCACCUGUCUCUUCUUUAACUGUCUCACCUUCCUCUUCUUUAACGUUCUCACCUUCCUCGUCUUUAACUGUCUCAUCUUUCCCUUCUUUAACUGUCUCACCUCUCUUUUCUUUAACUGUCUCACCUGACUCUUCUUUAACUCUCUCACCUGUUUCUUCUUAAACUAUCUCACCUGUCUCUCCUUUACUAUCUGUCUAACCUGUCUGUCUCCCCUGUCUCCUUUUUUAUUGUCUCAUCUGUCUGUUUAAAUGCCUCACCUGUCUCUUCUUCAACUGUCUCUACUGCUUCUUCUUCAACUGUCUCACCUGUCUCUUUUUUUAACUUUCUCACUUGUCUCUUCUUUAACUGUCUCUUCUUUAACUGUCUCACCUGUCUCUUUUUCAGGUGUCGGUUCUACUUGUCCUCCUCGAUUUAACAGUUUCUCCGCCUGUCUCUCUCUUUAACUUUGUCUUUUUUUCACCUAUCUGUCCUACCUGUGGCUUGUUUACCUGUUUACUGGUCUAUUCCUUUCACCUGUUUCUUCUUGGUUCUUACCUUUCUUUUCUCUCACCUGUCUUUCUCUCACCUGUCUGUUUCUUACCUUUCUUGUCUCCCACCUGUCUUUCUCUUACCUGUCUGUUUCUUACCUUUCUUGUCUCUCACCUGUCUUUCUCUCACCUGUCUGUUUCUUACCUUUCUUGUCUCUCACCUGUCUUUCUCUUGCCUGUCUGGUUGUCACCUGACUGUUUGCAGGGAACUUAUGCCACAGUGUAUAAAGGUCGCAGUAAACUCACAGAGAACCUUGUUGCUCUGAAAGAAAUUCGUCUUGAGCACGAAGAAGGAGCUCCUUGUACUGCAAUCCGAGAAGGUACUACUGCAGAAUACUGACUCUGUACUACAGUGGUUGUACUAGAGUAGAUCCUUGUACAACCUGAAGUGAUGCUGCACUGUUCCUGAUCAUAAACAAACUUAAAUACAGCUGUAGUUAAGUUUUUGCAGCAGCAUCAGCAUGUGUGUCUUCUAUGGCAGUGUCUCUACUGAAGGAUCUGAAACACGCCAACAUAGUCACGCUUCAUGAUAUCAUCCACACGCAGAAAUCCCUAACCCUGGUGUUUGAGUAUCUGGUGAGUCUCAAACACACACAAACACAGGUCUCUGUAAUUUGGCGGGGUCAUCAUUUGAAGAUGUUUCUGUCUGCGGUUUUUCAGGACAAAGAUCUAAAACAGUACCUGGACGACUGCGGGAACUGCAUCAAUGUCCACAAUGUCAAAGUAAGGAAACUUUUUUGUUCGUACUUUCUGCUCACCUGUAUAUUCCUGUUUGAUGACCCAGAGCAGACUCCUAGAAACAUGUCUGUUGGAGCUGUUCAGACUGAUUUUUGGGUAUAAUAAAGAAAUGUCUGUAUUUAAAGAGGGUCUAGGUGUACUAAGGUUGCUCUCGUGGUCAUUCUCAUGGUCACUCUGCUGCUUUUUGUGACCAUUUGUACAGUUGGUCACUCUGUUUGCUCCUUUCAUGGGUAGUCUGUGUGCAGAUUAAUUCUUAGUUUUUAACUUUUAUGGCUUUGUAAUUCAUCUUUUUUGAUGUGCACUCUGAAAGUUUCUUAGAUGUUGUGAUAAUUCAGACUGAACAGUAGAAGCCACCUGCUGCAUUGCCCCUGAUACGUCCAUUUGAACAUAAGAACAUAUCUUUUUAUAUAUACUUUUGUUUCUUUGGUUUUUAUUCCACUACCACUCUUCCUCCAGAAAGUGCAAUAUCACUCACCAUGCUGCUAUUUUACUUUUAGUUUUUAUUGUUUUUAUUUUUUUUCUGUGUAUUAAGUUUAACACCACCAUGAUGUGAUAUGGAAGCCAAACAACGACAUUUCGUUGCAGAGAGGAAUCACUGCUGUGUUUUAUUCCGUGCAAUGAUAAAUAAAGAAAGUCUAAGUCUUGACGUAAAAUGAAGUGCACCCUCCCUCUCCUCUUUAACUGUGUGGGCACGGCCCCUCACCCCAGAACAGCUCUGACUAACACUGAGUGAGAGCUGAGAGGAGGGAGGAGGGGAGCCUGGAUCUGCAGCCUGUGAUAAAAUGUAAAAGAGCUCAGAUCCUUCAGUUUUUAUGAUGGUGUAAAAAUACUUCAAUCUUUUACUUAAUUCGGUAAGUACUCUCACAGAAACGAAGUUAAAGUCGUAGAUAUGAGUUUUAAAAAUCAUCCAGUCCGACGUGCUUUAGAGAACACAUAAGGAGGCUCAACUGUUAUUUUGACCAUUUAUUGUGUUUUUAGAGAAUUAAGAGUUUGGGGGGGUUUCGAAAGGUUUGAAGUGUCUUAACUGUAUGUGAUGCAGAUGUUAAAUCCUGGGUUAUUCCUUUUUUAAUAGUACUGACAUUAACACCAGUCAGAAUAGUUAGGCAGCCCUGCUGUUGGUUACCCUGUUUUGGUCCCAGUGUGGGUUACCUCGCCUGAUAGAGUCUCUGUGGGAUCCUCUGUUGGUCAGUCUUUUGCUCCAGUUGGUUUCUAUGUGGGUCACUCUAGUUCUUUGGCUCUUUCUGGGUCUGUAUGUGGGUCACUGUAUGAAUCCCUCUGUUGGUGGAUUUGUUGGCCCAUCAGUUCUUCAUCCUUUGGGUAUCUUUGUCAGAUUGCUUCUGUUUGUUGGUUGCUGAGAUGUGAGCUUUACUAUUUGCUGUGUAGGUCACUCUUAGGGUCACUUUGUGGGUCACCAGUUUGGAUUUCUCGGUCACUCAUGAUGCAAAGACGAUAACUGGGUUACUCUCAGUGCUUGUCCAGAUAACCCAUUCCUGCUCUGUGGUGACUUACCUGUUCUCCUCAGCUCUUUCUUUUCCAGUUACUUCGUGGUUUGUCGUACUGUCAUCGGAGGAAAGUUCUUCACAGAGACCUGAAACCCCAAAACUUGCUAAUCAACGAGAGAGGAGAGCUCAAACUGGCCGACUUUGGUGAGAGAGCUAAAUGUGUUAACCAAAGAAAAAAAAGCUUUCUCCAGAAGUCAGGCUUUGAUGUCACUCAGAUGUAGUCAGAAGUUGGAUAAAAGCAAAAUCAGAGGCCUGAAAAAAGAUGGCUACAUGUAUGGAAGUUAUAUUAGCGUUUGCCUUAUAUUCGAACAAGGCAAGCGCUAAAAUAACUUUCGUAGAUGUAGCCAUCUUGUUUCCGCCUCUGAUUUUUUUUUACUUACUAACUGAAACACUGGUAACUUGGGUGUGAAGCCAUUUUCCGCUCCGACAUCUGACUUCCAAGGUAACUUAAACGCAGCGUUAUUACUGCUAUGAUGUCACUCAGGUGUAGUUAUUUCUGCGGUGAUGUCACUCAGGUGUAGUAAUGAUGUGGUGAUGUCACUCAGGUUUCUGGUUUCUUAUUUUAGGUUUGGCAAGGGCAAAGUCUAUCCCGACGAAGACUUACUCCAACGAGGUGGUGACGCUGUGGUACAGACCGCCAGACAUCCUGUUGGGCAGCACCGAUUACUCCACCCAUAUUGAUAUGUGGUCAGUUCUGUAGUAUUGUUGUACUGUCGUAGUAUUUUGCACUUCAGUGAUAGUUUUAUGUAAACUGUCUGACCUGAUCAGUUAUUCGACGAACAUCAAAAGAACUAAUCUAGACUCUACUGACCUGUCUCAUCUUCUUCUGCCUGUCUGUCUCUCUGUCUGUCCAUCUGCAGGGGUGUUGGUUGUAUCUUCUAUGAAAUGGCGACAGGUCGCCCUCUGUUUCCUGGUUCGACGGUGGAGGAGGAGCUUCACUUUAUAUUUAAACUCCUUGGUGAGCCAAUCAGCUCCGAUUAUUCUCUCUCACCUGUGUGUGUGUGUGUGUGUGUGUGUGUGUGUGUGUACAGCUGUGAUUGGAUAAGAGUAGGACCCUUUCAAAGCCUUUAUUUAAAAGAAAAUAAUCCAAAAUGAUGAGGCUGAAAAAUAAAUAUCUAUAUAUUACAAAUAUAUAUUUGUAUAAAGUUGUUAUAGAGAAACAACCAAACAAGUUCAGUGUAGUAGGAUCAGAAGUUCUUCAUCCAACUUCACUCAUUAGUUUUUCAAAUUUUUCAGAGCUGUGGUCUUUAAAAUGCUUUAAACUUCGAACUCAAAGUAACAGCAGCUGUACUGAUACUGAGUGACCUAAUGGAGGUCUCUGUUUUUACCUGUUUAGAUUUGAGGGCUGUUCGUAUUGCGAUUGUUUAAUUGCAUGGCUUGUUUUUUUAUGCAUAUGUUUUUGAAUAUAUUGUGCAUUUCAUGUACACGUUUUGUGUUUUUUGUGCAGGCACUCCCACAGAGCAGAGCUGGCCUGGGAUCAGUUCAAACGAGGAGUUUGUGACAUAUAACUACCCACAAUACAGAGCCGAGAGACUGAGUACGCACACUCCUAGGUACACAGCUGAAAUACAUUUUAUUUACAAAGCGCUGUCUUCAUAAACAGGGGUAUGUAGUACAGGUCCCUGGACCAGAUGGAGAGUGUUGCUGAUCUACUCAGGGAAAAAUAAGCACGUUGUCUGUUCAGUGCUGUGGUCGUGUUUCUGUUAUUUCAAGUUUUUCUCUCUGAUGUGGAUUGUGUGUUUUGUUCAGGGUAUUUUUGUUAAGGUGCGUCGUCCCCAGUAUCACUCUGACCUGAGAGUGACUUUUCUUCAACAAAAACAAAACCAGCCUGAUCUGUGUGUGUUUGUGUGUGUGUGUGCGUGUGUGUGGGUGCCUUCGUGUGUGUAAUUAGGCUCAGCAGUGAAGGUGUGGAGCUGUUGUCAAAGUUCCUGCAGGUCAGUAAACGUCUCAUAUCUCCAUCUGUCUGAGGAAGUUCUUCUCGGUUUACUCUCAUUUCUUUCCCCAAUUUUUACAACCAUUUAACUGACCCCCAAUUUCCACCGCAUCUGGUACAGCUACGAAAAGGCUGUAUCCUCUGAUUGUAGCUGAUCGUAACCAUUCAAGUUAAUGUGUCAAUUUCCACUGGCUUCUUGCCAUUCCUCUGCGGAUCGCCGGACUCCGCAGCUGAUCGCAAGAGUUCUAUUUUUUCCUGACGCCUGAGCAUGCGGGAUAAAUUCAGCACAGAUUAACCCGUGCUGGAAAGGAAGUCAGGCACAGACAAAAUAAAACAUCCAGCUUCUUUUCAAAACAAAACACUCCGUGUUUCAGGCGAAUCAUAUUUUACACCAUGCAGACGGCGGAGACGAACAAGUGAUUCUAGAAGUCCAGAAAUAGAUUUCCUCCUCUUCUGGGAGGACACAAUCUACUGCUUAUACAGGCAUGAAAAUCUGUCACCUUUCGACAAAAUUCAUGUGAUUGACUCAAUACGCAAACUGAGCACUUCAGAAAUCGGCCCUUUAAAUGACACUUGGACGGUCAGCAAAUCCUCCUGGCUGCUUCGCUGAUGAGAACCAAUCAUAGGCCAAACUUCAUUAUUCCAAUCAUGCGCACACUCUUCAUGUGUACUUGGAGUGCUUGGAGAGCCUGUGGUAGCAUUGCAAAGCUGCGAGAACGAGAAGCAGGACUUAUCCACACCAGUGUUGUGCCGUAGAAUUCACCCUUGCCGUAGAAUGCCCCCCCCUGACAGGAGCGUGAUUGAAAGUACAUAACAAGGCAACAUAAUCCAAGUUUUCCUUACCCUUGAACAGAUUCAAAAGCGUGUGCCUUUAAUGAUUUCAUUCAGGUUAUUCAGAUAAGCCGAAAACAAUAGCCCUCUGAUUCAGAAUAUUUGCUGUCCCGAAAGUAUAUUGUUCUCUACCUUGACAUCUUACUGUACAGUUUAUAUACCCAAGUACACCUCGGUAUUUGCAUUUUUGAGACACAUUAAAACAGAACGAAAGUUUGCUAGUAGUCAUGAGCUAAAUACUUGUGUCUUUGUAAAAUAUGAGAUCAUUUUCUUCCACUUUAAGAAGCUAAUGAGUGGACGGGAUGCAGGGGUGCAUUCUACGGCACAACACCGGGGACAAGGCAGACCAGAGCGUAGUGUACACAUUUACUUGCAUUUACCAGCAGAUUGAAUUUGGUGAGUAAUGGUUUCAGUCAUUUUCAUAUUUUGAGGUAUAACAAAGUUACUGCUGUUCGCUACAGCUUGCGUUGAACACUGCCAGAGCUAGCCAAAUCUCAGGUGAAAAAAUAGCUCCUGUUUGCUUGAUAUUAAGUUAGCGUCAAGCUUGUGUAGUUAACGGUAACAUAAAAGAAGAAACACAAGCUUCUUUCUAACAUCUCUGUAAUUGGUAUUUUGGGGACGUGUGAGGAUAAUAUUCACGUGAGGGGCUGAAAUGCUUUGGCCCAUGCUUGAAGCCUUUUGUGACAAAACAAAAACAUGUGAACCCUGGUCUUUUUAACACUCCUUUUCGCCGCUGAUGUUAUUCAUUGAUUUAUUAAAACGUAAUGGUUUUGAGCCAUCUAAAAUAGUGAAAGCAGGCGUCUCGCGUUUACUGCUCUGGCUCCAUCUGUUGACAAGAUGAGGCGUCAAUCUUUUUUUCCGCGCGACAUUGGCUUAGGAGAAGACAACAGGGAAGAGUGUGUCACGAAAGGCUUGCCGUGUGUUUAGACCAAAAGCUACUAAAGCUGUUGUGUAAAUCACUAUGUUGCUCUUAUUUUUAUAUGGCUGUCAAGAAACUGGGAGUGCUCAGCAAGUAAAGAAGCAGGCUGCUGAAAGUGAGAAGCAGGCAAGGCUGAGGCAUGUGGCCACUCAGCGUAAAAGGCCAUGGAGACUCUGGCGGCCCAGGCAAAAAGAAAAAGUGAUCAAUUGGACUUGGUAUUGGAUCUAUUGGAAUUGCAUGUAUUGUUCUCCAGUCUGGCAGGGCAUACAUUGAUCUAAAGUGCAGGAUAUGAAGUCUUUAUUUAUUAUUAUUUUUCAUUCUGUUUUCUUUUAUCUCUUUAAAUUAUUAUUGUUCAUAUGGCCUUGUACAAACAGUUUUGAACACCUCUCUCUGACUUAUCUAACUCAUUUAGCAUCUGUGAAAGUAAACUUUGUUUCUAAAUAAAAUAUGGCCAGUACAAGCGCGCGGGCGUGCGUGUUUGUGCGUGCGUGCGUGCGCGUGUGUGUGUGUUUGUGAGACUUGGAGUGUUUUUUGCUUCCUGCAGAUCACUGAAACACAGUGUGGGUGGACAGAGCUCAAUAUUUUGUUGGGUUGUACAGUGUACCGGAACGUAUUUCCUCUGCACCCUUCUCACCUUUUCAACCCCUGACCCAUUUUCAUGCCUGUUAUAUGUCUAUGUGGCUGUCUUUAUAGAGACAACUCGUUAUCGCACGGUUGCAUGUUAAUCCAAAGUUUUUUGUGAGUUCUCGCGAUUCCCGCUGUCUGUAAUCCGCCACGAAAUUCGCCUCACAAAUGGAUCUGGUAGGAAUUAGAGUACAGUGAAAAUCGCUGCCGUUCUGGACGUGGUGGAAAUCCCAGGUGAGAUCAUUUAUUUUGAACAGAAAUCAGACAGAAAGUGAUAUCAUUAUAUAUGACCUUGUUAGUGUGAACUUUAUUUAAACCGUAGUUCGAAGGGAAGAAGAGGAUCUCAGCAGACGAGUCCAUGAGUCAUCGUUACUUCAGUAACCUUGGAAACAGAGUGGUGUCACUUCCUGACAGUAAGCUUUGACUUAACCUUUGACUCUGCUCGUAAUUGAUGACAUCACUGUGUUUGAUGAUCACCAUGUCACCUGUGACGCUCAUUUCAGCAACCUCCAUCUUCAGUCUGCCAGAGAUCCACCUGGAGAAAGAAGCCGUCAGACCAACAGUUACACCUAACCCAGGUAAUACACACACACACACACACUCACAUACAAGGGUUGGCUGUGGCUCUGUGGUACGGUCAGUCAUCCGGCUGUGUGAAUGGGAUUAGUAUAUAAGUAGAGAAAAUACAGACCAGAUGAAGGCCACUAUCAGAGGAACCUUGACUUUAGAAACACCUCAGCGGAGCUACAGGCUGAUGGCCUUCGUUCCACGCCAAGCCAAACUGAUCAAAUUCAGACCAAAGGCCGCAGAUAUUUCACUUUCCUCCCCAUGAUAAGAAAAGAAUGGUGGACAGAAAGAAUAUGAAGUUUUGCUUUUGUCAUUUAAAGGGAUAUUCCGGCAUAAAAUUAAUUCACGGUCAAACACACCGUAACACGGAGUUAGACACCCCCUCCAGAGAUGAAUGUUGCUGACCGCUUGCUUCUCUAGUUAUACCAAGUUUAGUAAUGACCGCAGAUAGCAAUAAAGAGAGCCACGUACUCAACCAAAAUGCCACUCUAUAGCCACAAAUAAUGCUCAGAACAGCACCUAACUUCAUAAACAGUAUAUACAGUUGAGGCCAAAAUUAUUAGCCCCUCAAUGAAAUUUGAAGGUUUUUUCCCAAAUUUCCGAAGUGCUGUUCAACAGAUUAAUGAUUUUUUUACACAGCUUUUCCAAACAUCCUAGUUUUAUUUUGGAUCCUUACAUUAUUUUACUUUGCACACAGAAACAAAAUUAUUUCACAAAAAACAAAAACUACCAGAGUCAAAAUUAUUAUCCCCCUUAAGAAUAGAUGUUUUUAUUGAGCCAAAACAAAAACCACUGUUGUGCAAUCAUGUGCUUUCACUUUCGAGUGCUCACAGCUUGUAAUCAAUCAAUCAAUUAAGUGAAAACAAAGGGUUGUCCUACACUUUACACUCUGUAUAAAAACCUUGUGAAGCGAGCUGUCACUUGAGAAGGCAUCAUGGCAAAUACAAAACAAUUCAGUUUAGACUUGAGAAAUAGAAUUGUUGAUGCUCACAAAGCAGGAGAAGGAUAUAAAAAUGUAUCAUGGCGUUUCCAAGUAGUAGAAGUGGAGUGAGAAGUAUCAUCAAGAAAUUCAAGGAGAGUCACAUAGCACAGAACAAGUCUGAGAGAGGUAGGAAGCGAAAACUUUUCAAAGAAACUGGAAAGAAAACUGGUGGGAGAUGUGUCUAAACAACCUAGAACAACCACCAAAACAGAAGUUGGUGACUUAACCAAGUCAGGAAUUGUGGUGUCAAACAAGACAGUCUCUAGAGCCCUAAACAGAAAUGGACUGCGAGGAUGCAAGCCAAGAAAAACUCCACUUCUACAAAAGAGACACCUUCAUAUCAGACUGAGGUAUGCUAAAGACAAUCUGGAGAAAGAUUGUUCAAACUGGAGAUGUGCUCUUUGGUCAGAUGAGAUCAAACUAGAGCUCUUAAGUCACAGAGACAUAGCUUAUGUUUGGAGAAAGAAGGGAGAGGCGUAUAACCCCAAGAACACUGUCCCCACAGUUAAACACGGUGGUCGGAGCAUCAUGCUGUGAACCAAUCGGAAUUUUGGUCGACUCAGCACGUAUCGACCAAUAAGUCCUCUGCGGAUCGCCGGACUCACUCACAACAGUGAGUGACAGUGGCGCUCGGUAAUACUGUUCCCCUCUUGGUGUAAGCUGGGGAAGCACACUAAGUUUCAGGGAUAUUGGAUUAAAAGUCGGUCAAGAAGUCGGUCAAACUGUUUUCUUGUUUGGCGGUUGAUGAUCUCCGGUAGCUCCAGCGGCAGCUAACAUCUCCGGUGGCCCCAGUGGCAGGUAACAUCCCCGGUAGCUCCGGCGGCCGAUAACAUCUCCGGUGGCCCCAGCGGCAGGUAACAUCUCCGGUGGCCCCAGCGGCAGGUAACAUCCCCGGUAGCUCCAGCGGCCGAUAACAUCUCCGGUAGCUCCAGCAGCAGCUGACAUUUCCGGUGGCCCCAGCGGCCGAUAACAUCUUCGGUAGCUCCAGCGGCAGCUAACAUCUCUGGUAGCUCCAGCGGCAGCUAACAUCCCCGGUGGCUCCAGCGGCAGCUAACAUCCCCGGUGGCUCCUGCGGCAGCUGACAUCUCCGGUGGCUCCAGCGGCGGCUAACAUCUCCGGUAGCUCCAGCGGCAGCUAACAUCUCCGGUAGUUCCAACAGAUGCACACACCCAGAAGCCCCAGCGACUGCUAAGCAUCGCUGGCUAGAGGCUGAGCGACCUCCGGUUGCCCCAGCGGCAGCUAACAUCACCGGUGGCCCCGGCCGCAGCUUACACCUCAGGUACUAUCUCAGGUUCACAGCUCUGUUUUACGACUGACACAUGAACCCAGAGUCGUCCUCAAUGUCUGCCUCUUUGCUCAGUGUGGCUUGCCUGUAGCCUAGAUCUGUGCUAGAGGAAUUAGUGAACUUAUUCUGGUUAAUAUGGCCAUGAAAAAAGAAAUGGAGGACAUUAAGAAAUCAUUAGAAAUGCUGCAUCACAAUGUUGAAAUCAUCACCGAGCAACAAAAAAAGAUAAUUGAACUGAUGGACGAUGUCAAAACACUGAAACUACAAAAUGCAGAAAAGGACAAAAGAAUUAGUAAUCUCGAACAUAGAGUGGCUGAUCUCGAACAGUAUUCGAGGAUCAAUGAUGUUGUGAUCUCAGGUCUAAAGACUAAACCCAUAUCUUAUGCCAAAUCUGUGGGGAAGGUGACAGAGGAAAACAUGUCAGAAGAAGAUCGGGCAACAGUAGAAGAGCAGGUAGUUUCCUUUCUGGAAACCAGAAAGAUUACUAUAGACCGUAGUUUUAUAGAAGCAUGUCAUCCUCUUCCACAAAGAAAUUCCAUCCAACCUCCAGCUAUUAUCCUCAGAUUCACCAACAGAAACCAUAAGAUAUGGCUACUAAAGCAAUGGAAACAAUUAAGAGGAACAAAUGUAUAUGUAAAUGAACACCUGACCAAAAGAAAUGCCGACAUUGCAAAGAAAGCUGCAAGAUUUUCAUAAAGCUCAAUGGCUCACCAGAAGAAGCUAAGGUCAAAAUCAUUAGAGAUCUGACUGAACUAGAUGUCCACCUGUAACCGCGCCAUACUACCUGAAUGAUGAUCUAUGACUGUGUUCUUCUUUGCAUAAUCUUACAAAUUGUGCAUUAUGUCCAACCAUCUUUAUGCUGAUGGGGUGUCUACCCCCCAUGAUACGGAUCCUCUAGCCUUUAACCCAUUUGACCUAAACUCAGAUAACAGAGGUAUCUACGAUGAAUUUUUCAACCCAGAUAUAAAUCUCUCAAACUCAAACAAUGUAAUUCGAUCAUGUAAAUACUAUUCUGAAGAUCAGUUCAAUGAUCUGUCCCGUACUCUUGCUCCUGAUGACUCUUAUAUCCUAAAUGACUUUUCAGCGUGGCACUUAAAUGUUCGCAGUUUACCAAAAAAUUUUGACAACCUAAAAAUAUACUAACCCUAACUUUUUCUUUCUCAGUAAUGGCAUUCUCAGAAACCUGGCUUAAGGAUGAUAUCACAGAUCUUUACCCUAUACCUCAGUAUAAUGCUAUUCAUUCAUGCAGAAGAAAUAAGGUCGGAGGAGGAGUUUCCCUAUAUGUGCUCAAAGACUACAACUUUACCACUAGAAAAGAAAUCUCAGAACCUCUAGAAAACAUACGAGUGGAAUCUGUAUUUAUCGAAAUCUCUUCUUGUCGUCCCCUUCAUGGGAAAAAUAUUAUAAUUGGGUGUGUCUACAGACCUCCUGACACUGACCCAAUUUCAUUCAAUGAGGCUCUUUACUCCUCCCUUGAGUUUAUAACCAAGGAGCAUAAACUGUGUGUUCUUAUGGGUGAUUUCAAUAUCGACCUGCUUAAGAGUGAAUUACCCUCUACCGUUGACUUUCUGAACAAUCUUUACUCAACCUUCUUCUUUCCACUAAUUCUCAAACCAUCCAGAAUCACCAAAUCAUCAACUUCUCUCAUUGACAAUAUCAUAAUCAAUUCACUUGACUAUGAAAUCACCUCUGGGUUGUUAAUAUCUGACAUCUCCGACCACCUCCCCGUAUUCCAGAUCAUACAUACUAAAGGAAAUUAUAAACGCAAAAACUCUGACUACCUGCAAAGCAAAUCUCGCAUCUACAAUAAAAAGAACAUGGAAUCCUUUGAAUCUUCCAUCCGUACAGUGUCCUGGAAUGAGGUCCUCAACUCAUCAGAUGUUAAUGAAGCUUACCAGCUAUUUUUAACUACAUUUGAAUCAAUUCUCGAAGCUAGCUUUCCACUAGUCACCGCUAUGAAGAGUAACUCAUCCAAAGGAAAACCCUGGAUGACGGGUGAACUAAAAAAGUACUCUCGUAAAAAAAACAAACUAUAUCGGAAAGCUAUUAACAAUCCUACUCCUGAAAAUAUUGUAAAAUAUAAGAAAUAUAAAAAUAAAUUUACUGCAUCCUUAAGGAAGGUUAAAAAAACAUAUUAUGCUGAUAAGUUUACCCAAGCUGCCAAUAACAUUAAGUCAACCUGGAACCUCAUCAACCAAUUACUUAAUCGAAAAAAAACUACUGCUACUGUAGCUGUUGAAAUGAUGGGAAAGGAUGGGCCUCUACAUGACCAGAGUGACAUAGCAGAGAGUUUUAAUGAUUUCUUUAUAAACGUCAGUACUUCCUUGGCUUCUAGCAUGAAAGACUCAGAUGUAAAUCCCACAAGUUUCAUGAAAGGCACAUUUUCAACACUCUCUAGUUUUGAUCCUCCCAGUUUAGAAGAGGUCCAUGACAUUGUUAGGAAUUUAAAGGACUCUGCUCAGGGUCACAAUGGUAUUAAAAGCAGUCUUGUCAAAGAAUCUAUAGAUUACAUCAUUCACCCUUUAACCCACAUUCUCUCUUUAUCCCUUCUGUCUGGUAUUGUCCCUCGAGAUCUUAAAAUUGCCAAAGUUACUCCAAUAUUUAAAUCAGGCAAUACAAGAGAUUUUGGCAACUAUCGCCCAAUAUCUGUUCUACCCUGUUUUUCCAAAAUCUUGGAAAAACUAGUCUAUGCGAGAAUCUCCGACCACUUGACGGUUAAUAAUGUUUUGUAUAAUCACCAAUACGGGUUCCGCAAAAAACACUCAACUGAGCAUGCAUUGCUGCAACUUGUUAAUACUGUUUCCUCUGCUCUAGAUGGGAAAAAAUUUGCCCUUGGUGUCUUUCUUGAUUUAAGCAAAGCUUUCGACACUGUCGAUCACAAAAUCCUCAUCUCAAAGCUUAACAGAUAUGGAAUCCAGAAUAUUGCCCUCAACUGGCUGAUCAGUUAUCUAGAUAAUAGAGAACAGUUUGUUCAUCUAAAUGGUGCUUCAUCCACUAAAUCCAGUAUUCUCUUUGGGGUCCCUCAGGGAUCAAUCCUCGGUCCUCUGUUAUUCUUAAUUUAAAUCAAUGACUUACCUAUGUCCUGUAAUAACCUUCUCCCCUUGUUAUUUGCUGAUGACACCUGUUUCAUAGAUGUCCAUGCUGACUUUGAGACUCUCAUUGCCCGUGUGAAUGAUGAAUUGUUCUCUGUUGCUAACUGGUUCCUGACUAAUAAGCUAACUCUUAAUAUAAAAAAAUGUAAUUUCAUGAUCUUCAGCAACAAAAACAAAUCUUAUCCAAAAGAAAAAGCCAAAAUAUCAAUUAAUGGUACUGGAAUCCCUCAAGUACCCCACACCACUUUUUUUGGGUGUUGUCGUCGAUGAGGGUCAAGAGUGGAACAUUCAUAUCAGCCAAGUAUGCAAAAGGUCAAUGAAGAGCCUCGGUAUAAUUAGUAAGGUCUGUCCCCUGAUCAAUCCCUCUGCUCAUUUGUCUUUUUACUACAGCUUUCUAUUCCCGUACAUGAACUAUUGUAACAUUGUAUGGUGUGCAACGUAUCCAACUUACCUCAAGAAAAUAUUAAUAAUCCAGAAAAGAUUCAUAAGAAUGAUAUCACGAUCCAGCAAACACGAACCUUCUGCUCCUCUCUUUUCUAAAUACUCCAUCUUACCAGUUGACAAACUCAAUGUCCUUCACUCUUGUUUAUAUGUCCACAAAUUCAUCAACAACAAACAAGCCCUUCCUGAAACUUUCCGAAACUUUUUUACCUUUUCAUCCGACCUUCAUUCGUACUCAACACGACAAAAUGGCCAUCUUCAGUUACCUUCAUGUAGAACUUCUAGUCAUCAGUCUAACAUCACUUUUAGAGGUCCGAAACUGUGGAAUAAUCUUGAUGCAUCUCUAAAAUCAAUAUCAUCCUUUAACUCCUUUAAUAUAUCAUUAAAAUCUCAUCUGAUCAUGUCUUAAAUACAUCAUUAUCUGUUAUGAUCAUAUCUCUUUCCUUUUUAUAAAUACUUUAUUUUCUUUAUCACUGUUUGCUGAUUUGUCUGUGUUCCAGUCUGUGUACUUAGUUGUCCGCACCUUAUGUUUUCUCUGACCUGACGGGAGUGGAACUCUGUAUAAGCCCAUCGGCUUCGUUCCCUCCUUGCACUGUUUUUAAUCUGUGCUAAAUAUACAAAAUACAAAAUACAAAUGUUUCAGUGUAUCUGGAACUGGGAAUCUUGUCAAGAUUGAAGGAAUAAUGAAGAAAGGAUAUGUGAAGAUUUUGAAAGAAAACCUCAAGGAGCCAGCAGCAAAACUGGGUCUGGGUCGUCACUUUGUCUUUCAAGAUGACAACCACCCAAAACAUGCAGCACUCCUGAUGAGGAGCUGCCUCCAGGAAACCAAAGUGAACGUUAUUUACUGGCCUGCACAAAGCCCUGACUUAAAUCCCAUUGAAAAUCUGUGGGCUGCACUGAAGACCAGGGUCCAUGCUAUUAGACCAUCAAAUCUGGAGGAGCUUGAAAGAUUCGCCAAAGAGGAAUGGGCUGGGAUUCCUCAGGAGAUGUGCCAGAGCCUUGUUACAAACUACAGCAACCAACUGUAUACUGUUAUCCAGCAAAAAGGACACACAAUUGACCGUCAGCCUCAGCAGGGCUAAUAUUUUUGACCCUGGUAGUUUUUGUUUUUUGUGAAAUAGUUUUGUUUCUGUGUGCAAAGUAAAAUAACAUAAGGAUCCAAAAUAAAACUAGAAUGUUUGGAAAAGCUGUGUAAAAAAAUCAUUAAUCUGUUGAACAGCACUUGGGAAAUUAUGGAGAAAAACUGGGCGUAGCAAUUUGAAUUCAGAAUAAAUGUCCAAAAUUUUUUAAAUUAAAUUAUGACAUUUAUGCACUCGUUGAAGGGGCACCACCGACCUUUCUGGUGGGAAAAAGACGAAACAAAGUUCAAUUGAGUAAUCAAACGUUGAAUCAGUCUUAAACAGAUUUAAAUCAAUCUCUCAUCUGAGGCCGGAAUUCUCCAUUCAAGGACUCUUCUUUCCGGAAAGACCACUAAGAGACGACAACUUAAAAUUAAAUGGACAAUUUAUUAACAAGCUAUAUGAUAACAAAACUUCAAUAAAUGAUGAUCAAAUAAUGAGAAAAUCAAAGAACAUCUAAUGAAUAAAUGAAGGAAUGGUUUGAACUGAACCUAAGACUGGAGGUUAAUGAUGGUGAGUGAAUAAGAGAAAAUUUAGCCUACGUUAACAGAGUUAUGAGGGUAAAUUUUAAAAAGGAAUUUGGAGAACUAAACUAUCACUAGGAAAGUAAGCUACUGAAUGCUUGAUGGCAUCACCCAGUUGAUACAGCAGUUUCGAGGAGUUUGCCUACUUUGGAUGUCGGUUCUCAGCGGCACUCUGGGAAUGGAUCAGCUGAAGUUCUGUGUCUACCGGACCGGAUGCUGAAGGUUCGGAGGGGAGUUCUCCGCCGUGAAUGGUCUCAGGCUUCAGGACCGUGUCAGCGUCGUUGGAUACUUCAGUUCUCUUGGCCUCUCGGAACCAGGUGGCAAACGCAGCUCGGCAGAUGAUGCUGGUUGGUCCUCCAGGCGUUCAGGACUAGCUUUGUUGCAGAUCAAUUUGCGCCAAUAACUUAAGAAAAUAAUUUCGCUGGCCAGCCGAUAUUAUCUUCAGGAGUCACUUUAGCGAACUAAAAUAAAAUAAAAGGCUUAGACUGAGGUUAUGCCCGCAGCUAAUUUCUGAUGCGUUAAAGAAACUUGGACAUGGUUUCAUCCAAGUUUCUGGAAAAGUCUGAGCUUAAGGCAAAUAAUAAAAACGCAGAGAAAUAUUGCAAGACGAUGGACGGAGACAAAAGAACUCAAGAAAGAAGAAGCAAGAAAAGGUAAAGACGCAAAAAGCAGAAGAAGCCAAGGGCGGCAAAAGCUCAACUCUUUUAAGCAGUUCACAUGGGGCGUGAACCAACGGGGGGAAUACUUAUGCAAUCGUUCCCCAUGCGGCCCGUCGACUGGCAGCGAAUUUACUUAACUUGAUAUUAAAUGCGAGCUAGAUCUAAUUUACUCACUCACUAUGAUUAAAACUGUUUAUCACAUCACAUAUGAUCACAUUUCACUUCAUUGUUUCUUAUGAGCAGAUGCAUUAAAACAUGACAUUUAAUGAAAAGUAAAUUUGAUCAGCCGUUUUCUUGAUAAUAACAGAGGAUUAACGACUUUUUUGAAAGUUAGAGAGGGACAGAAAACCAAAUUAUCUAUUCGAACAGAAACACCAUCCAGCAUAAGAAACACAUACGUGAUGAUACUUGACAACAAUAUAACCUUGUCAAUCGAUACUUCAUUGAUGAUUAACAUACAUAUUCGGGUGAGGUAGAUAAAAAACAUAGUAUUUAUACAUUCAAAAACUCUUAACUUGAGUAUAAAAGAGUUUCCUGUUACUACUUCUAAAAUUGCUGACCUAUCUUGGGAAUACCAUUUACUAAGCUACGAAGUGUAUAAAAAAAAAAAGAAGAAAUGCACAUAAUUAAAUUCACUGAAUACACAUUUGGUUCUGACCAAACCAUAUUUAGGCAACACCACUAGGAGGAGCUCUUGGUCCAUGGAAAACCUGGAAUAAAUUUGUGAAGUUAACAGUUUGGCUUGUAGACAUGCUAGAAAACUGGGAAAAAGACAGUUUGAUUGAUGAUGUGGUGUACAGAUAGAAAAUCCUAGUGAAGUGUCCAUUAAACCUGAAGUUAAACCAUUUUCAGUCAUUCUCUUCCUCCUGCACCUUAGAGAGAGUCAUUGAAAAACACAGUCAUUCAAAGGAUUUAUGGUAGGGGCCUGUUCCAGGGAUUGGCGCCAAAAUGCAGCCUUGGAGAAUGUUCUCAUGCUCUUUUUGGGUCACUCUGAGGUUUCAACUAUGACCUUUUCCAGCCAAGGUGAGAGGCUCAAUGUUUAUUCGGUCUGGGGGUCAUGUGGUUGAUAAGCAACUUGUCUCUUUGAAGCGUGAAGAUUCACUAUCAACCUUUUGGGACGAGGCCCCGCUUUGGUUCUGUCCUGGAUCGUAAACGGCCAUCAGUUAAGUGUGAAACGUUACCCCCAUUUCCUCCCCUAAUCAGGGAAGCCUGCAUUCCUUUGAGUGGGUGAAUUAAAGAUGGACAAAGCAGAAAGCAGUCGUCUUGUUACAAAUCCCCCCUUCGUCUCGGUGGCAGCUUCAGGAGCCAUUGGGACGAUGAGAUGAGAUGACCAUGUGGAAGCGGCAGUUAGUCCAAGGAGGGUGAUGUGUCUCGUUCAGAACUAGUUACUUAGUUAGAUGUAUUGUACAUGUUAAGUCUACUAAAUACAGUAUAUGCGUGCAGGGUUACAGGAAACUGACUACACCUCGAGCAUGUGGCUCACCUGGUCUUCCUCUGGAUCCUCAGCUCGCUGCUCCGUUUCUGGUUGUCUACAGAGUUGUAACCUAGUGACUCAUUGGUCUAUUUUGUACUGCAGGGAAAUUACCACGUUUGACGUAGAUGAAGGUUAACCCAAAGGUGAAGAGGUACCCUAACCCUAUGGCGGCGGCUAGCAAGGUGUCUGGGGUGGACCAGACAUGGACUAUGGGUUGCAGCGGGGACUUUUCUUGAGAUCUUGUGUCUAUAAGGAUGUCAUCAACAGACGUUAGGUCAAUGGUCUGAGUACCUGCAUAUUGGAUCUGAAAAAUGGUGCUUGGAUCUAACUGGAGCGUAUGCUUGCUGAAAAAUGCUGGCCCUUGAACCUCUGUUUCAAUUUGAUCAGGGUUAAGUUAAUAGAGGGCAAUGUCAUCUACAUGGAGAAUGGCAUUCGGUGGCACCUCAAUCCACAUGGUCUGAUCCAGUAAAGAAAUGUGUGUGGCAGUGUCGUGUUGGUCGUAAUUUACAAUGGCAGUCUUAGUGGGGGUGUUGACUAACCAACGGUGACCCACCCUUUCUGCCUGCGUUUUACAGUCACUAGUGAGCGGUGUCUUGCUGUAGUGGGGCAUCGAGUGUUGGGCACCAUGGGUGUAACACCGCAGAGGCCGUUGGUACUAUCCCACACAAAUGGUUUACUGGGGCAGAGGUAGUGGAUGUCUUUGGUUAGCGUGCACAUGCGCAAGUUAGGAGCUAGAUAUAGAUCAGGAUUGCUGUCAUGGUUAGCGACCACUGGUGGGGUCUGAAUUUGGAGGUGUGUGUCCCCUUUCCAAAAGCCGACAUUGACUACAUCCUUUAACCUAUAGAUGCUUCCUGAUGCUAUAAUUAGCAAGUUGAUAAGGAAAGCAAUUUCUCGAUCUUCGGGAUUAACGUAGAUCGGCACAGCGCUACCUAGGGUAUACGCGAGGUGGGCUUGUAAAGGAGUGAUGGCCUCUCUGCUUGCAGUUGAUAGUAAAUCCUGGACUAAUGAGAGAGGUACCAAAUAUGGAGGGAUCCGGCCUGCAGCCAGGCUGUCUAUCGGUGAUGAGAUUUCUUGCAACAUGUCUGACAUGAACAUAUUCAACAGCAUUGUAUGAGCAUAGUUGACCCGGACCACCGACAACAAGGAAUUUACAGCACGCAGCGUCUUAUUCAGGACUUCGGUGUGGGUGUUAACUACCAGGACGGUGCCCUUGUGUUUGACCGAUAGUCUGCAGUUGUGUCUGCUGUCUGUUUAUGAGCCCUGACGUCUGGAAUUUCGGCUUCUAGCUCACCCACAUGGCGUUUGACAGUAGCUAAACUAAUUGCAUUAACAGAGGAGAGCCCAAUACCAAAAAAAGAGCCAACAACCGAGGCUGCGGUGAGCAGCGCUCCGAUAAAGCGUUUGAACCUUCUGUUGGUACCACUUAACUCUGUUUGGGUGACAGUGAAUUUCUGAAGCUGCUCUAACAUGUAAGUAAUGUCCAACUCUGCGUGAUUCACGACUUCCUUGCUCCAAUAUGUCCCGGCCCAACUGGUCAGCUGAGCCGUUACUGGAACAUUUUUCUUGAGGACUUCCUUAGGGUUGAGCCUGACAAACACCUUCUGCGUGUGCAGGCGACAGUCCGUUUAAGGAGUCCAGGCUGAUCCCUUAAAACAAUUCCAGAGUCCGGUCCUGGCUCUACGAUCUUGGGGCUAGCUGGAGCAGCUACCAAGCAGAGAAUCAGAAGCGCUAUCAACCAAAUCAUCCUGGGGAAGAGGGUGGACAUCGUUAGGAUAAAUUGAGAUUAGACAAUCUAAAAUUCAAAUCGUCCCAAAUCAAAUCACUUUAUCUACUCCUCCCCCUUUGUGACCCAAAGUGUGCCCGAGGGCAACUCAGUGACAACAAUUCAACACCAAUACAGAUGUACAAAUAGGACAAACUUCACGUAGACACAAUAUAUCAAAGCACUAGGGGACCUGACGUUAAUCAGGAGAGCUUAGAACUGUUCUAAUUUAUAACUCAAGGGUGGCGCUGGAGGCCCCGACAAGUCCCAUGGGGUUGUGGUGAAGUUUGAUCUGGUUGCGGUGGACCCAUUUAAGGGUCGGCUCUUUGUGAUCUUGAUUUGGUACACAACAGAAGAGAGCUUUACAGUGAUCAGGUAGGGGCCUGCCCGGCGGGGCAGGAACUUUCGUGCCAGUCUCCCAGACUUUGGGGCUUUGUCUCCAGUAGGCUGGGUGAACAGGUAGUACCACACCUUGUCACUCACCUGGGGCCUUAUGUAUCAAUACUUGCGUGGAACUCAUACCAGAAACGAGCGCACGCAAGGUCCGUCACGCUGAAAAAAAUCCGUAUGUAUCAAUGUGUGCGGGCGCCGAAAUCCACGUGUGUUUCCUUGAUAAAUCCCAAUCAGCGUGGAAUUGAGCGCAGAUGUCGGAGUGACUGGGCCCGUCCCCGUUACGCCCUCCUAUAAAUAUGCAGAUUUAUUUAAAUAGGGUCUCCCUGUCCUCGCACGCAGACAAAAUGACAAGAAAAACUAAAUUUACGGCGUGCGAGGUGGAGGUGCUGGUGGCGGAGGUGGAGGAGCGACAGCGUGUUUUGUUUGGCAGCCUGUCCAGUGGCGUCAGUGCAAAACAAAAACGCUUGGAGUGGGAGAAAGUUUGCGAGAGGGUGAAUGCGGUGGGUUCCGAGACACGCACCCCCGCGACGAUUAAAAAAAAGUGGUCGGACCUCAAGGUGGAGGUCAAGUGGCGUACAGCUGCCCUCCGGAGGAGUACUGACCAGACGGAUGGGGGUCCGGGGGAGGAGACCCUCACACCGUUUGAGCAGCGGGUGGUGGCGAUUAUUAUUAUAGGGUAAGUGGCGUGUCACACAAAUGUCCACAUGCUUUGUCAUCCCACUGAGCAAAAGACGUAUAUUAGACGUCUAGUCUAAGUUUAUCCUUCAUUUCAACGUCGGGAUUCAGUCUAUUUUUAGACGUGAUUUAUACUUCGCCCUUAACUUCAUUUUUCGAUAACUUUUUAUGCAAUAAACAACUGUAAUGUGCAUAACUGACCAUUAAAUACUGGAUUACAUUACCUAUGAUACCGUGGAGAGAGAUGUAAAUGCAACAGAUACACAGAAGCAGGAAUUGAAAUGAACAAAUAUUUUUAUUGUGUCACAGAAAUCAAUGUGUCGGCCGUGUCGCCGGCUUGCGGAACCCCGGCCCGCGGCAGCCCGUCCGCCGGCUCGGAGUCGUCGGCCAGGACCAGCGGCAUUCUGGCCACCCCGGCCCCGGCCCCAGCACCAGCACCAGCAUCAGCGCGCCGACAAGCGGUGGAGCGUCCACCAGCCGCGGCGCUUCCGCUGGACCACCCGGACGCAGUGGAAGGGUCCUCGCGGAGGGGGUCCUGCAAUCGCAGGAAGAAAUCAUCAGGGGGAUCGCGGGGAUCAACGAGCGGCUGGACCGGCUCGUAAAUGUCCUCGAGCGUCUGGUGGAGAAAAUAAAUUAAUUUGGCUCAUUGAACUGUUAUUCACUUCUUACCCAUUCACACUGUGGCGAUGAGAUUCUCCUGCGCGAGGACGGCGGCCCGGCAGGGAUCAGCUUGCAUACCUCCGUCUGCUGCUGGUUCGUCAUGUGGGGCGACGUGCUGCUCGGCCACGGGGAUGUGGUGCACGCUUGUCACAUAGUGAGUCACCAAACACCGCCACACAGCGUCGCCAAAGUGCGAAUCACAGUCAACGCAAGUAUCGGCUCAACGCCAAUUUCUACACCACCUCCUGACUUUGCGUUGAUUAGCGCUGGAACCAACGCUCGUUUUGCGAUGAUAAAUCUGGACGUGUGCGCCGAUUUUGGCAUACGCAAGGUUUUCUUGCGCCGCAAGCGUUGAUACAUAAGGCCCCUGGAGUUUCUGUUGGGAGGCUUUUUGGUCAUAAGAAGACUUGCGUCCUUUUGCACUUUUACUGAGAUGCUCUUGGGUAAAGGCAAAAGUUGCCUUCAGGUGCUGGUGUAGGUCAGUCAUGUACUGAUGAGUCGUGUAGGCUGUCGCAAUGCUGGCCUUACUUGGCUGAUACAGCAGGUGCAGAGGCAGUGUCAUGUAUCUGUCCAUCAUCAGCGCGAAGGGUGAAAACCCAGUUGACUCGUGUGGAGUUGCUCUGAUGGCCAUCAGGACCAAGGGAAGCUUAACAUCCCAGUCCUAGUGGUUGGCCGACACAUACUUUUUCAGUAUGGUUACCACUGUUCGGUUUGCCCUUUCUAUCUUUCUGGACGACUGAAGGUGGUGGCUGAUGUGGAAGUUGGCUUUGAUGCCCAACAGUCCCCACAGUUGUUGCAUGACCUCUGAUGUGAAGUGUGUCCCUCUGUCAGAGUUGACACGAAUCGGGAGUCCGAACCGCAAGAAGAUGUGGUUCAUCAAGAGGCAGGCUGUGGUCUGAGCUGUAUCAUUUGGGGCUGGUAGGCAUUCUACCCAUUUGGUGAAUGCACAGACAUCUGUGAGGAAGUAUUUGUUUCCUCUCGCUGACUUGGUGAGAGGACCCACCCAGUCGAUCUGGAGGUCUGACCAAGGAAAGGAGAUACCUCUGUGCUGUAGAGGUGCUCGGUGAAGUGGACUUGCCAGUUGAAAUUGGCAGCAAACCAGGCACCCUUUUAUGUAGUCAGCUACAUCUUUCUGCAUGUGUGGCCAAUAGGCCACAUGUUGGAGUGCGUGGAGCGUGGCUUUGUUUCCUCUGUGUCCUGUGCACGGUGCGUUAUGGGCGUAUGUCAACAUCACCCCCCUGUGGCUGCGAGGCAAAAGAUGGCGCAGGUCAGUGAUGGAGUUAAGUAAGUCAGGAGAAAUGGAGGAGUCAGGAGGCUGCGAAAGGAAUUGCGUCAUGGCAGAGAUGGCUGGGUCCGAAGCCUGGAGCGCCAGCAAGUCAGAGUCAGAAAAAGCCGGAGCUAUAGUGGUGGAGACCGGGCCCGAGGGAGUCGGGCAAGGCGGAGCUUGAGGCUGGGCUCUGGUGAUAGCACAAACCAGGGGUUCGGGUGGGAGGGGAAAAACAGAGGGCCAGUUUGAGCCAGUUAAGGCUCCCUGCUUGGCCAAGAAGUCAGCUUGGUCAUUAAACAUCUUGUCUGGACCAGGAAUACGAGAGUGCCCCCUAACUUUCCUCCAGUAGACCUGAAGAUCAUGUUUAGUGGUCAAGAAGUCGCCGCCAGGAACAGUUCUUUGUGUUUGACCAGCUUUCUGUUUGAGGUCAAGAAACCGUUGCGCUUCCACAAAGGCAGAUGGCAUGAGAAGCUGAGUCGCGCAUAGUUGGAGUCUGUACAGAUCGUCAAGGCGUGGAUUUUGAGUUGCAAAACAAUCAGAAUGCCUGCCACUUCAGCAUAAUGGGACGUUUGGGACCCUAGGUUGAAGCUGAGUGGUUGACACGGUUUGUGGUUGACCCAAAAAACACCCACGCCUGCUCGGAUAACAGUGUCGUGAUGGUAUGAGCAGCCAUCAACAUAAGCUGUAAUCAUGUCUUUGCAAACAUUGUCGUCAAAGUACCGGUGACGAGAUAGCUUCGUGUACUGGUAUCGUCCAGAACCCUGAUGCCACAUCAAGAGUGGAGAAGUAUCUCACAUCAGUGAUCUUUGGCAUAUCUUGUUGGAGCUGAGCCAAGAUGCUACACAAGCAUUGGUCACAACGCCAUCUCUGAUCCUUUGGCUGUUAAGGAAGGUCACUGGCUGAUGGUUGGUUUCCACAACCACCUUUUGGCCUCCAAGAUAAUUUGAAAAAUGCUUCACAGCCCACACAGUUGGAGAGAAGCGCUUUUUCGCAGUCAGAGAACUUCAGUUCGGGAGCCAACAAGGUUUUGCUAGCAUAUGCGACGACUCAUUGAUCUGAGUCAUGGAUCUGGUAUAGUCCUGCACUGAGGCAGUGACAAGAGAAGCCGACCUCCAUAUAGAACGGUCUGUUGCAGUCUGGAAAGGCAUGAAAAGGAGCUGCACAAGGUCUGUCUUUCAAAGCUUGCAUGGCGUGAUGUUGGGACGAUCCCCAAGUGAAUGGAACAUCCUUUUUCACCAAGUUGGUGAGGGGUUUUGCAUAGUCCUCAAUGAACUGUUGGGAGUAGUUGCACACUCCCAAAAAGCUGCGAAGCUCUGAGAUGUUUGUGGGAGCUUUAAGGUUGGACAGUCCCUGAAUACGACUCAGCUGCGGUUCGACACCUGUUGGACCAACAAGCAAACCAACGUAGUUCACCUCGGUCUUGCACCACUGACAUUUGGACAGGGAUAUCUUUGCCCCGGCAUUCGUGAGCUGGUUCAGGACCUGGUGUAUCUCAGCGAGAUGCAUGUCCAGGGUUAGGCUCCUCAUUAAGAUGUCAUCGACAUAUAUGAGGGUACCCCUCUCACUAGCAUCUGGGCAGGCUUUGUUGAGGAAGAUAUUGAACUCUGCUGGCGAGUUGGCAUAGCCGAAAAGGGCAUCGAGUGAAGGUGUAUUGCCUGUUGGCAAAAGUAAACGCCAGUUUGUGCUGAUCAGCUUCGUGUACUGGUAUCGUCCAGAACCCUGAUGCCACAUCAAGAGUGGAGAAGUAUCUCACAUCAGUGAUCUUUGGCAUAUCUUGUUGGAGCUGAGCCACAGGCCACCUGGAAAGGGGAACUUGUUGGUUCAGUUUACGGUAAUCAAUGGUCAGUCGCCAUUUACCGUUUGGUUUCAGUACCGACCAGAGUGGGGCUGAGUAGGUACUGUUACAUGGCCGAAUGAUCCCCUUCGCCAAAAGAUCUUCUAUGAUUUCCUGAAUAGGUUCAAAGGAUGCCAAGUGAAUUUUGUACUGGCGCACAAAGGUUGGUGGUGCAUCCGGUGGUGUCGGAAUGCGGACAGAGUGGAUGGAGGUUAAGCCACAGUCAAGCGAGUCUUUUGCAAAAGAGACUCUUCGCCGAUAUUUAUACAGAAGUUUGCGAAGCUUUUCACGCUCCUCUUCGCUGUUCAGGGCGUCUGCCUCGGUUAAGAGCUGUUCGACUUUGGCGUCAAAGUCUGGAUCGUGCACAGGUGUUUGCACGGUUGGGGAGAUAGAGGGCUCUAUCCUGGAAAGUGUAGGGGCCGUUUCUGGCUCCAAACUGACAUUUAGGACUUGCACUGUGUGCAGAACCAUCUGUGAGUCCUCAGAGAGGUCAACCUGACAGAUGGUGUCAUGGUCCAGCGGUACAGUUGGGAAGAGUGAGAUAGCCCUGGAAGGUAGGGUAUGAAAGACCUGUUCCGAUGAAUGGUCUGAUAUAAGAGAAUGAGGCAUUUUUCCUAUUACAGGAAUCCUAAAUUCAAAGUCGUGGAACGAAGUGCUGAUCAACCAACCCAGCGGGGUGGAUUUAGGGAUCAGGAUAUCCUCUGAUGUCGUGUUUUGUACAAGCAAGUGUGUGAAUCUCGAGUGAAGCUCUAAAAGAGGGGUUGCCUGAGUAGACAGCCCUAGUUCAAGAAAGAGCAAUGAUGGCUGGAAGAAAGCUUGAGUGUGCAACAGCUGUUGUCCACAUUGUAGGUUCAAGCGAAUGGGAAUGUUUUUGGUCAUCGCAGGUAUGACAAUGUUAUGUUCAUUGGCUACCUGACAGGCUUCAGGGAUGGACUGUCCUGAUAUGAUGUUAUCGACAUCAGGGAUUUGGGUUUUCUCAUGUACACCGGUAAGUGACCUCAGCACGUGGUUAAUGGUAUCGACUUAGACUGCCAACCUGACCAGUAUAUCACUUCCCAUGUAGACAUGAUGUGGUAGGUCUGGGAUGACCACGAAGUGGUGAGUCAUCUCCCUUUUGUUCCAUCGCAAAGUUAAGGCACAGGCACCUUUGGCAGUCAUGGUAGCUUUUGGAAGGGAUUCCAAGGGGAAGCGAAAUGCUGUCCGAAGGUUUGGGUCAUCCCUAGACAAGGUGUCAUGCUGAUGGCUGAUGGCCGAUUUAUCAGCCCGAAUAGCCAAAAUCACAUUGUUGACGUGAUUCUCAUUCAACUUAACGCCAUCAGUGAUCAAUGGCCCGGGGGUGUCGGGUCCAUUGGUGUCGUCCAAUUUGCACAAAAACGGGUCUCUUUUCAUGACUGAGUCAUCGAAAGGCCACGAGCAAGGUUGUGGCUCAUCGUCAGACAAGUAGGGUUGCUCCAUGUGAGCUUACACUUGCCAGUGUGCUUGUAGCAAGUUCAUGCGUCAGGGCGUAACACUGAGCCCGAUUUCUGUCGGUUGCUGGUAUGGGUAAUGGUCUGCGGACCUGUGCCCAUAUUUUCAGUUGUCGAUAAUCGAUCAGGGACUCAAACUGUUUUAAGAGGUCGUGACCAAUGAGGAAAGGAAUCGACUCAAGGGGUGACACAUUCACGGGGUGCAUGAUGUUCAUUGGUCCAAUGGAGAUGUUCUACAUAGUCAAUGUUUUUAAAGUCGUACUGUCUGUGGAGUAUGGCCGAAUCUCCAUGGCGCAUGGCUGCAGCUUGACGUCCCUGUUGGACUGCUGCACCAUAUUGCGCAAGCAGUUAAAAAGCGUUGAGGACAUCAGAGUGAUGUCAGCAGCAGUGUCUAAGAGUGCUUCGUGUUGAAGUUCAUUUUCAAGAAUGGUGUUGAUGUUAAACUUCUGUGCGAUGCCUUUCUCAGUGAGGUUGCACAAGAAUUGGAGGAAAGGUGGUUCAAGCCGAAUAAGUGAGGAGUCUUCUUCGGCUGGCUCCUCUGCAGAGUUCGCCUGCACUACCAAGACGGAGCUGGUAGAUGUCGUUUCCUGUGAUGUACUGUCCUGAGAUUCAAGAUCGACAGAGGUGUCAGCCGGUAAAGGUGUCGCCGACUCCUAUAAGGACAUACACACUUCCUCCUGAACUGCAGUCUGCUGGACAGACACCAUGCUUGGCUCAGAAGUGUCAGGCUGGACGGCAAUGGAGAAGAGAUCUGCUUUGUUAUCUUCUUUUCUCAGUAUUCUACUGGAAGAAGUUUGCGUUCUUCCUCUGUCAGAUCAGAGGACUUUGAUUCACCUUUAGAUCCAUCACCCUUCUGGGGAGGGUCUGAUUUGGUCUUUGUACCCAUCUCUUCGUCAGAGAGUACCGACUGAAACUGUGGGUAAGGUCGCUCGGAGUUUUGUUCUUGGCGUGGACCAUAAUGAUCUGACCGGUCCCUCCACCCCCUGUUGUCAGGUCGGUAGGGUCGAUGGGUGUCAUCCCUUCUAGGGUGAGCCCCACCCCUGUGAGGGUAUGAGCGUGGACGAUUUCCGUCAAAUCUAACCUGGUGUUGUCCACUGUCAGACCAAGGCUGCUUCAGGUUUUGAACUUUAUCAACUGGCUGAUAUCAGGGAGUUUUCAGAUUCUGGGUUGGUCGGGCAGUUACAGUUUGAGGUGCAUCUGAACGCGCACCCACGGCACCGCCCUCUAGGGGCAUGGACCUUGUGUCCACAGCCAAGACGGUACCGGGUUCAGAUUUCUUAGAUUGGGUGUGUCGCUGUUUAGCAAAGCCUUUUACAGCCAGUUCACGGAGCUGUCUGCUGUUUAAGGUUCGGGGACAAGCAACGACACCAAGAUGAUGACUCGUGGUUGGAUGGAGGUUUUGAAUAAACAAAGUUUUAAAGUUGAGAUCUUCCUCCAUUUCAGGUUCAUUUUGACAACCAAAGUAAGCCUGGCGCAGGCGACUGUAGUAUGACUGGAGAGAUUCCUGUCUCUCCUGUUUGACUAACAGUGCAGCGGCUAAACCAGUGGGUGUAAGGGAGUCGGAGAACUCGACAAUUAAUGCCUGGUACAGCAAGUCAUAGUCGUUCUUGACCCGCCGGGGUUGUCGUUCAAUGAAGCUGCUUACUUCUCGAUUGGAGGUAGCUUUGAUCAAGUAGAUUUUCUCAUCCACAAGAGCACCUGGAAACUUCCUCAAGUAGAAGUCGAUGUCUUUCAAGUAGGUGCUUGGGUCUUCUGAACCUUUACUACCGGGUUCAAAUCGUAUGAUGUUACGAGCCAUUUUGUCAAUAUCCCUGUCUGUGGCCCUUGUGAAUGAUAUGGUGAGUUUCGCCCGCUCUGAUCUUGCUGGGGUUUUGUUUUAUCCCUAAAAGGGAUAAAACAAAAAUUCUGAUUGUAAAUGUAUUAGGGAAUUAUUGAAAUAAUUGAUUAAUGUUACAUUAAUUAAUUAAUUAAUUGUAAUUAAGAUGGUACCGGGUGGUGGUACCACCCGGUACCAUUAACCACACGGGUGGUUAAUUAAUUAAUUAAUUAAUUAAUUAAUUAUUGCCCUAAGUCUGUGAUCACCUUUUAAGUGUUCUAAAAAGGGUCAAAGAAAGAUAGAGGCAAGGAACAAUGAUUACAGGAUGACAAAGAUUUAAUUCAGCUAUUCUAAUUAAUAAGGCAGGUGAUCUAUCUGUAUAAAGUAAAAAAAAAAGUUGCUUAUCAAGUAAAUCAACGUUUUAUUUUUUUUAUUAUUAUUAUUUUAUUUUAAUUUUAUUUAACAACAAAACAGAGUGACGACAACAACAGAAACAACAACAAAAAGAUAAAAAAAUUAAAAAUUUACAAAAGUACUUUUGUGAGGGAGGGGAGGGGGGAAGGAAUUUAUAUAAUAUGUAAAAGAGAAUUUAAAAAGAAAAGAAAAAAAAAUCUUAAUUGGAUUACAUUGGAAUAUCCUUCUAAUAAUAAUUAUAUGUAUACAUAUACAUACACAUACAAACAUACAUGCACACAUACAUACACACAUAUACAUAUAUAUACACAUAUAUACCCACACACACACAAUCCCCCCGAAUCUCCGACACAACAGUGAUGAUACAACAACCACAAUAGCAUUAGCAGUAACAACACCAGAAAUACCAGCGACAGCAAUGACAGCGAACAAAUGACCGCAACGACGCUAACAAUAAUGACAGUCAUACUAAUGAGGAUAUGGAACAACAAAAGCCACCACAAUCCACAACACUAUGGCCUGGGCCAGAGGCCGGCCCGGUCCGCCGCACCACCCAAAAAGCAGGCCGACCAGCACCCACGUCCACCGUGGUGGGACGCCUGCGGGGCACCCCACAGGGCCCCGCCCCGCGGCCACCCGCCAACCAAACUGACCACCCACUCCACCUCUAAAUACCCUGGGCCGCACAUGACUCUCCUCUUGUGUUAUGUUCAUGUGGUGCAUUAAAAACUUCACUGUGAUGUAUGCAUUAAAAAGUGGGGUGUGAAGGGUUGGUGUGUGAUGCAUUAAAAGUCGGAGAGGCAUGUGACAUGGAACUGGCCCGGGGCCCAAAAAAAGAAAGUGGGGCAGAGUGGGGCCAAAAAGGGGCGGGGGACACGGCCCGCGGCCCACACAGGAUCCCCACAUUUUGCGCCCACCGGGUCCAGGCAGGUGGGCGAGCCAAUCUCAGGAUACUGGGGAACCAUGGGCACCAGCCAGCCCACCCUCCAGCGGCACAGGGACCCGAGCCAACCCCCAGACCACAUCGCUGCACACCACAACGACCUCUGCCAUUCCACAUCCCCACAGCAAUCGCCACCCCCUGCCAUUACCAUCAUCAUCAUCACGAUCACCAAUCCACCAUCACCACCACCACCGGCACACCACUUCCGUCACCACCAACACCAUCAUCAUCACUACACCAUCACCGCUACAUCAGUGACCCGGGGGGACCAUACACACACCAUACCAUACAUAUGCACAUUUUCUUUCUUUUUUUUUUUUUUUUUUUUUCCCUCUCUUUCCCUUUCCCUCUUCAUUCCCCUCCCCUUAAUGUGUUUUAUUGAGUGUGGUGUGUGUAUGCAUGUGUGUCUGCGUGUGUAUUCAAAACAUGUGUAGGGAUGUUAUUGAUAGAAUGGAUAGAUUUAUAUAUAAUUGAUUGGUUGGCUCUCAGACAGAAAAAUAAAUAAAUUUAAAAGAAAAAAAAAUUUAUAUAAAUAAAAAUGAUAAAUUGGUCGGAUGGAAAUUGGGGUGUUUAAGUUGUUAAGAAGUGGAUGAGAGUGGACCAGGGGGAUUGAGAUUCUGUUGUAGUAUGGAGGGGGGUAGGUGUAUAUUCGAGAGAGAUGUGGUCAAUGAGCAGGUUUUUCCAGUGGGCCAGAUGAAUGGUGUUCCUAGAUUUCCAGUUCAUGAGAAUAGUUUUCUUGGCGAUAGUUAAGGCCACGAGAAGGUUAUUGUUUGUUUUGUCUAUUGUGAGUGAUGAUAAGUCUCCUAGAAGGCAAAGUGAGGGGGAUAAAGGGAUGCGGCAGCCCAUGAGGUGUGAUAAUGACUCGGUGACUAGUUCUCAGAAGUGUUUGAUUGGGGUGCAGUGCCAAAUGGCGUGAGUGUAGGUGUCGGGACAGUUUUGAGUGCAGUGGGUGCAAAUUUCUGAGGUGAAGCCCAUUUUAAACAUUUUUUCUCCAGUGUAGUGAGUUCUGUGAAGUAUCUUAUAUUGUAUGAGUUGUAAGUUAGCAUUUUUAGUGAUAAGAUAAAUGUUUUUACAGAUUUGGGUCCAGAAGUCGGCAUCAGGAGCAAUUGCCAGGUCAUGUUGCCAUUUUUGUGAUGGUAGAGAUAUGAUUUUGUCAGAUUCUAAUAUUAUUUUAUAUAUUUUGGAGAGGAGUUUUUUGGGGGAAAGGAUAUUAAUAAAUUCUGAUAGUGCAGGUGAAAGGUCUAGAUUUGUGGAACUGAUGUUAAUUUUUGAUUUGACAGAUGACUUAAGCUGUAAAUAUUCCAGAAAUUGAUUACUCCCAAUGCCGUACUCCUGGACCAGGUGGGGAAAUGAUGCCAGGUUGUUAUUAUGGAAAAUGUGUUUAAGGUGUGUGAUGCCCUUUCCUGCCCAUGUGUGAAAGUUGAGUGUUUUUUUGUUGCAAAGGAGGUCCGGAUUGUUCCAAAUGGGGGUGAGGCUAGAUGGUGAAAGAGUGGUAUUUGUGAUUUUGUAAAAUUUCCACCAGGCUGUCAGAGCAGAUGCUAUUGUUAUUGCAUUGAAACAGGGGUGGCGUUUGAUUGAUAGACUGAGAAAUGGUGUGUCUGAAAUUCGGAUAUCUUUACAGAGUGUCUGUUCUAUGUCUAACCAGGUGUGAUCUGAGUAAUUGGGGUGUGUCCAUUUGUAUAUGUACUGUAGUUGAUUUGCCAGAGAGUAAUAAUUGAAAUGUGGUGCAUCUAAUCCGCCUUGUAAUUUUGGUUUUUGAAGUGUGGCCAGUUUGAUCCUUGGUGUUUUAUUUUUCCAGUAAAAUUUAGUGAUUAUCGAGUUAAGAGAGUUGAACCAGGUGGAAGUGGGAUGGGUUAGGAUCAUUGAAAAAAGAUAAUUUAUUUUAGGUAGUAUUGUCAUUUUAAUUGUUGCUAUUCUGCCUAGAAUGGAUAGUGGUAGCUUCAUCCAGCGUUGGAGGUCGUCAUCUUUUGUUUUAAGUAGUGGAGUGAAGUUUAGUUCUAUCAGCUCUGACAACCUGGAGGAAAUGUUGAUACCCAAAUAUGUGAAGUGACCCGUGAAUAGAGGAAUGGGUAAUGUAUGGGCUGUCGCAUCCCAUCUGGUGUUGUGCAAUGGGAGGAUGGAUGAUUUAUUCCAGUUUAUUGAGUAGUCUGAGAUUUGGGAAAAUGAUUCAAAGAGAUUUAUUAAUUCCUGCAGAGAUGAUUGGGGAUUUUGAAGAAAAAGUAAAAUAUCGUCUGCAUACAAACUUAUUUUGUGCUGUAUUUGGGGUGUUUUAAUUCCAUGGAUACGGAUGGCUGUAGCUAAGGGCUCGAUGAAAAUUGUGAAUAAGGAGGGAGAGAGUGGGCAUCCUUGCCUGGUCCCCUUGUGCAGUGUGAAUCUUUGUGAUGUUAGACCAUUAGUGGUGACGGUGGCUGAUGGUGAGGUGUACAGAAUCUUGAUCCAGUUAAUAAAUGAUUCCCCAAAGCCAAAUUUCUGUAGUGUAUGAAAGAGAAAAGUCCAGUUCACCCUGUCAAAAGCUUUUUCUGCGUCUUAAGUGGCUAUGAUGGUGUCUUCCUGUUGUAAUGAUGAGUAAUGGAUUAAAUUGAACAGUCUCCGUGUAUUGUUGGAUGCCUGUCUACCUUUAAUGAAGCCGGUCUGAUCUGGGUGAAUUAUGUGAGGUGUGACUUUUUCUAACCUAAGUGCGAGGGCUUUACUGAUGAUUUUCAUGUCUACGUUGAUUAAUGAGAUAGGACGGUAAUUUGACGGCAAGGUGUGAUCUUUAUUUGGUUUUGGGAGAAGUGAGAUUAAAGCUGUGUUCAUAUGUAUCAGUAACUUAGAGUUUUGUUUUAUUUCAGUUAUUGUUUUCAUGAAGAGUUGGAAUAAAAUGGACCAGAAGUGUUUGUAGAACUCAGCAGGGAAGCCAUCGGGACCUGGUGCUUUAUUGUUUGGCAUGAGAUUUAGUGCGGUAGAGAGUUCUGUUUCUGUGAUUGGUGAGUCGAGUGUAUUGACCUGAUCUGUAUUAAGUUGUGGAAGUUUAAUGUCUUUAAAAAAUGAAUCAAUAUCCUCCUGUCUUGGGUCUUUAUCAGAUGCGUAUAAUUUGGUGUAAAAGUUUCUAAAUAUUUCAUUUAUUUCAUGCGGUGAGUUGGUGGGGUUCCCUGCUGAGUCCUUAAUGGUGGAAAUUAUUGAUUUUUCUUUAUUUUGUUUGAUUUGAUUUGCCAAGUAUUUACCAGAUUUGUUGUUGUGAUGAUAGUUUUCUUGUCUUAACCUAUGGAUUAAAAAUUUUGCUCUUUUGUUUAAAAUGUCGUUUAGUUGUAAUUGGUGUUUUCUUAAUUCUUUUUGAGUGUCUUUUGUUGGAUUAUUUGCAUUCAACGUUUCUAAUUGUUUUAUUUUUUGUUCCAGUCUGACUUCUUGCUCCUUUUCUUUCUUUUUUUUGUGGACGGAGAAUGAAAUGAUUUUGCCUCUUAAAACUGCCUUGCUUGUUUCCCAGAGAAGUGUAUGUGAUGACUUUGGUGAAUCAUUUAUUUCCAAGAAGGACGCCCACUCUCUUUUGAUGUAACUGUCAAAGUCUGGGUCACUGAGCAGAGAUGUGUUGAAGCGCCAUCUAGGAGCAUGUUUGUGUUGAGUGUAAGGAUUCCAUAUAAUUGAGAUUGGAGCAUGAUCACUAAUAAUGAUGGGGUGGAUUUUUGAAUUGGAAAUUUCAGAUAUGAUUGAAUUACUGGUUAGAAAGAAGUCGAUACGGGAGUAAGAAUGAUGGACUGGUGAGUAAAAGGUAUAUUCUUUGUUGGUUGGAUGUUGUAAUCGCCAACUAUCGCCAAGACCGAAAUCUCUCAUGAACUGUUUUAUUGUUUUAGUGGAUUGCCAGUUGCGUGUAUUACUUGUGUUAUUGGAUCUGUCAAGUGAUGGGUCGAUAAUUGUAUUAAAAUCGCCUCCUAUUAUGACUGGGCAGUUGGAGAUGUUUGAGAUGGUGGAGAAGAAGUUGUAAAAAAAAGAUGAAUUAUCAGUGUUUGGACCGUAAAUGUUACCAAUUGUUACCGGGCUAUUAUUGAUUGAUAUAUUAAUGAUGAUGAACCGUCCUUCUGGGUCUGUGAUGGUUGAAUUAUGGGUAAAUGAAAUUCUUUUGUUUAUUAAAAUACAUACACCUCUUUGUUUUGAAUUAUAAGGGGCAGAGAAUGAGUGGAAGAAUUCUGAUGUUUUUAAAUUGUUAUAGUUUAAUUGCUUGCGGAUGGGGAAGAGUUGUUUGCGUCUGUGAUUGAUUUCGGGUGGAAAUUGAUCAUUAAGUCCAUAGUCCGUUCCUUUGAGUUGUCUGCCUUGUUGUUGUACCAGUUCUUUGUGUUUGUAGUGCUCGAAUUUGACGAUGAUGGGCCGGGGUCGGGUGGUGUAAGUGUGUUUUUGUCCCAAACGGUGAACACGGUGGAAGGAGAUGGUGUUGACGGUGUUAGGGGGAAGUUUAAGCUGUUUGAUCAUGAAGUCCUUUACUGCUGUUUCGGGUUGGUCCGUGGAUGGCUCGGGAAUGCCGGAGAAGAUCAGGUUAUCUCUCAUGCUGCGUGACUGUAGAUCCAGGAUGGUUUCUUUCAUGAUUUUGUUUUCUUUGGUGACAGAGGCUAGUUGAGUGGUGACGGAGGAAAGCUGGUUCGAUACGGUUGAAACGGAGUGCUGGAGUGACUUGUUUUCUCGUGUGAGUGUGUCUAUUUGUUGUUGACUGUAUUCUAGGCUGUGACGGAGGUGUUGGAAUUCCUUGUGUAAUACUUCUAUUAGCGCUACUCUUGCAUCCAGUCAGGUAAGUUUAUUGUCAAUGGAUAUUAGUAUGUCAUUUACCUCGGUGCAGCAGGGAGGUUUUGGUGAAGUUGUCGGUGAGGGUGCCGGCGAAGUGGAAGUGGAUGAGGCGGAUGAGUCCGUGGUGCGUGUUUUUUUUUUAUUUUUGCAAGCGUCCCAUGGUGCAGAAUGUAUUGUAGUACUUGUCGAUGUAAUCCUCUAAAUGAGCCAGGUCUGUGUUGUUAUCCGGUCGAAGUGGUAGGUAAAAAUUGAAAGGUUUAAAGCGGAAAACUGACGGUGAAAGUUUUGAAGACGAAAAAAGUUUGUUGUGGUUUGUCUAGCAGCAGGCUGCCAUGAUGGAUCACGCACAGUCUCGCGAGCGGUUGCGGUCACAGAGCCAUCAGCCCCACCUCAUCACUAAGCCCCACCUCAUCAACGUUUUAUUUAUAAUACAGAAAAUGAAACUCAAUCAACCAACUCAAUCUAACUAUGUCUGCAUGGCAUCUGUUUGACAACAGGGAGGCGUGGCAGUCGGCUAAACUGCAGUCUGUUUAUAAUGACGUCUGUGCAAAUAAAGGCCACGUGGCUGUGAGCUGGCUUGCAGUGCUUGCCGCUCACCACACGAGGGCGAUGUUCUAGGGGGGAGGUUCAACCGCUUCGUACGUCGAGACACGACAUUAGGACGUAGCUAUUGGGCUCCACCCCUCAGGGUGGCGUGCCUGUUCACGCACCGAUCGACUAGUCUCUCUAACGGACACAAAAGGGUUAACACCUCACUGCGGCUGCGCAAGCAGUGGUAAUGGAAAAAGUUCACGCUGCCUCUCUAACAGCAGAUUGAUUCACUAUACUCCUCUCGGGAGUAACAAGAGUUACCAGAUAGAUCUUACAACAGCAGACAAAACUGCGGACUUAAAUUCACGAAAUGCGGCGAUAUGUGAAAAAGAAUUGUGUCUGAAAUCACUCUAACAAAACCUCUCACUGGAAACAGUGAUCUCCCGCGACAGGUAGCUAAUCUGCCGGGGAAUGAGGAAUAACUGAAUCCUUUACUUUCACUAGAACUUCGUAGCAGACUAUACAGGGUUCGGGGACUCAGAACCACGGCUCGGAGUAGGGUUGGGUAUCUAGAAUCGAGUAUUGAUGGGGACCGGGACUAACAUUUCGAUUCUUCCGGUAUCGUUCGAAUACUAAAAUUUCGAUUCCAAGUUUUGAUGCCGGAGUCUGCCGACUGGAAGAAAUAGCCGCCGAAAAUCAACGAAGAAGAAGCCGCUUAACACCAAUGAGGACGGAGCGUAUGAGACGAAGCCCACAGAAAGUGAAGAGAGACAGAGAGAGAAAGUACAUUGCAACCCACAGCAAUGCAGCCGCUGUUGGUUACAAUCUCUCUCUGUCUCUCUCCUCUCUCUGUGUGUGGCUCUGUCUCAUACGCUCCGUCCUCGUUGGUGCUCGGCAGCUUCCUCUUCAUUGGUCAAAAGUUUGGCUAACUUUAGCAGGAAGAAUGAACUCUUAUCUCAAUGCAACAUUAGCAAUACAGUUAGAUCAUGCAAAGGAGGGUAAAUGACCAACAUGAUUUAACACCUCAGGAUUCAUGGAGGAGAAAUACCCGGGUGCUCGUCUUUGACGCGCUUCGCCGGUGUUGUGCCUUAGAAUGCACCCCUGCCGUUAAAUGCACCCCUGACGGGAGCGCGGUUAAAAGUACACGGCGAAACAAUCCAAGUUUUCCUUACCGUUGAACGGAAUCUAAAGCGUGUGCCUUUAAUGAUUUCAUUCAGGCUAUUCAGAUAUGCCGAAAACAACAGCCCUCUGAUUCGGAAUGUUUACUGUCCCGAAAAUAAAAUGUUCUCUACCUUAACAGCUUACUGUACAGUUUAUAUACCCAAGUACACCUCUAUGUGUGCAUUUUUGAGACACAUAAAAACAAAACGAAAGUUUACUGCUCCAUUUGACAUGUUUUCAUGAUCUAAUACCCGUGUUUUAUUAAAUAUGAGAUCAUAUUUCUUCCACUAAGAAGCUAAUGAGUGGAGGGGAGGCAUUCUACGGCAGGGGUGCAUUCUACAGCACAACACCUGUCUUCCGCUAACCAGUCAGGAUCAGAUAAGUGAAACAAUAAAUUACUUCUGUCCUCUGCUAACUUUGAAACGGUAAACAAAUUGUACUGUGUACGGUGAGUUAACUUAAAUAUCCAACUAACGUUAGCCCUUGUACUUUUUCAUAGACAAACGACCUGAAAACAAAAAUUGAUAUUUAUGUACUGGUUGAAAAUAGCCCUGUGAGAAAUUCAUAGUAAAGUUCUUAAAAAGUUCAUAUGAUUUAAAAAUUCAUGGGGAAGUUCAGAAAUUUCAUCCAAAAAGAAGAGCUCCGGUUAGCACCCUCAUUCAAACCAUGCUUUUUUAAAAAUUUUUUUGAUAUCCUGCCUUUUAAAUGAAUCGAAAUAGAGAAUCGAUAGGAAUCGGAAUCGAAAUGAGGAAUCGGAAUCGGAAUCGUUCAAAAUCAAACGAUACCCAACCCUAGCUCGGAGCUUCACGAACACCGGGUCCGGCCCAAGGCCUUCUAAUACAAGCGUAUGGCGACACUGAAAUCGUGCACUCAAAAGUUAACAGUCUGGAUACACGCAUCGGCGGCGCGCACAGCAGAAAACGCAACCUCGCUGCAAUCAAAACAAUGAUCCACUUGGUCCAGGCUCACACACAAAUGUAUGCAGCAGGAAAAUCAGCUCUUUAACAAGAGCUCAUAUCAUCAGAACCUGAAUCAGGAACACAUCAAACGCCCAGUUCAGCAAUUUCAAAAAUGCAUCAGAAAUACAUCAAGCAAUCAAUCCAGUUAUUUCAGCAAGCAUAGCAUAGAUCUUAAGGGGUCUGAGUUGGGAAAGUUGGGUUUCUCACUAGUUUGGGGAGAUAAUCUUAAGGUUGUCUGUUAUUGUUUCCAGAAGUCGUUUGAAAUGAGCCUCACACGGCCACACCAAAUAAUUUGUAGUGAAUCGAAUUCAGAAUAAAUGUCCAAAAUUAAUAAAAUUAAAUUAUGAUAUUUAUGCACUCGUUGAAGGGGCACCACCCACCUUUUCCACCUUUCUGGUGGGAAAAAGACGAAACAAAGUUCAGUUGAGUAAUCAAACGUUGAAUCAGUCUUAAACAGAUUUAAAUCAAUCUCUCAUCUGAGGCCGGAAUUCUCCAUUCAGGGACUCUACUUUCUGGAAAGACCACUAAGAGAUGACAACUUAAAAUUAAAUGGACAAUUUAUUAACAAGCUAUAUGAUAACAAAAUUUCAAUAAAUGAUGAUCAAAUAAUGAGAAAAUCAAAGAACAUCUAAUGAAUAAAUGAAGGAAUGGUUUGAACUGAACCUAAGACUGGAGGUUAAUGAUAGUGAGUGAAUAAGAGAAAAUUUAACCUACGUUAAAGGAGUUAUGAGGGUAAAUUUUGAAAAAGGAAUUUGGAGAACUAAACUAUAACUAGGAAAGUAAGCUACUGAAUGCUUGACGGCAUCACCCAGUUGAUACAGCAGUUUCGAGGAGUUUGCCUACUUUGGAUGUCGGUUCUCAGCUGCACUCUUGGAAUGGAUCAGCUGAAGUUCUGUGGCUACCGGACCGGAUGCUGAAAGUUCGGAGGGGAGUUCUCCGCCGUGAAUGGUCUCAGGCUUCAGGACCAUGUCAGCGCCAUUAGAUACUUCAGUUCUCUUGGCCUCUCGGAACCAGGUGGCAAACGCAGCUCGGCAGAUGAUGCUGGUCGGUCCUCCAGGCGUUCAGAACUAGCUUUGUUGCAGAUUAAUUCGCGCCAAUAACUUAAGAAAAUAUUUCCUCAGGUCAGGACUCAGCUGUCCACCUUCACUUGAAGGAUACGGGUCACUCUUUUGAGGACAGCAAUGUACAGGUGUUGGCUCGUGAAGACAGAUGGUUUGAAAGAGGAGUUAAAGAAGCCAUCUUUACCAGGCUGGAGAAACCUUCUCUGAACAGAGGGGGUGGACUCAGGCACAAUCUCUCUGGCACUUACAAUGCAGUUCUCAGCUCUCUCCCCAGGAAGCUCCACAAACAUUCACACCUGGAACCACAUGACCCAGGUGGCAUGAGUCAUGUGGUCACAUGACAGGAAUCGCUAACGACCCUUCAGGUUAAUGACUUGGGGGGGACACACACCCAGAGAUGGGUUUCUACGACCCAUUCUUUUCAACUCCACCCAGUCGUUAACUGUCCCCCUUCUCCAGUAAGAUAAAUAUCUGCUCCUGACACUAGCACUUUUAGAACUGAAGAAGCUUCUUGGAUAAGAGGCGAGACGUCUUCUCAAGUCUACACAGUCCAGUUGCCUGUUUUAAGUCUUCAAGAUAACUUAAGAAAAUAAUUUCACUGGCCAGCCGAUAUUAUCUUCAGGAGUCACUUUAGCGAACUAAAAUAAAAUAAAAGGCUUAGACUGACGUUCUCUAUGCGCGCAGCUAAUUUCUGAUGCUUUAAAGAAACUUGGGCAUGGUUUCAUCCAAGUUUCUGGAAAAGUCUGAGCUUAAGGCAAAUAAUAAAAACGCAGAGAAAUAUUGCAAGACGAUGGACAGAGACAAAAGAACUCAAGAACGAAGAAGCACGAAAAAGGUAAAGAUGCAAAAAGCAGAAGAAGCCAAGGACGGCAAAAGCUCAACUCUUUUAAGCAGUUCACGUGGGGCGUGAACCAACAGGGGAGGGGGGGGGGCACUUAUGCAAUCGUUGUUCCCCAUGCGGCCCGUCGACUGGCAGCGAAUUAACUUAACUUGAUAUUAAAUGCGAGCUAGAUGUAAUUUACUCACUCACUAUGAUUAAAAUUGUUUAUAACAUCACAUACGAUCACAUUUCACUUUAUUGUUUCUUAUGAGCAGAUGCAUUAAAACAUGACAUUUAACGAAAAGUAAAUGAUCAGCCGUUUUCUUGAUAAUAACAGAGAAUUAAUGACUUUUUUGAAAGUUAGAGAGGGACAGAAAACCAAAUUAUCUAUUCGAACAGAAACACCAUCCAGCAUAAGAAACACAUACGUGAUGAUACUUGACAACAAUAUAACCUUGUCAAUCGAUACUUCAUAAAUGAUUAACAUAUAUAUUCGGGUGAGGUAGAUAAAAACAUAGUAUUUAUACAUUCGAAAACUCUUAACUUGAGUAUAAAAGAGUUUCCUGUUACUACUUCUAAAAUUGCUAACCGAUCUUGGGAAUACCAUUUACUAAGCUACGAAGUGUAUAAAAAAAGAAGAAGAAGAAGAAAUGCACAUAAUUAAAUUCACUGAAUACACAUUUGGUUCUGACCAAACCACAUUCAGGCAACACCACUAGGAGGAGCUCUUGGUCCAUGGAAAACCUGGAAUAAAUUUUUGAAGUUGACAGUUUGGCUUGUAGACAUGCUAGAAAACUGGGGAAAAGACAGUUUCAUUGAUGAUGUGGUGUACAGAUAGAAAAUCCUGGUGAAGUGUCCAUUAAACCUGAAGUUAAACCAUUUUCAGUCAUUCUCUUCCUCCUGCACCUUAGAGAGAGUCAUUGAAAAACACAGUCAUUCAAAGGCUUAAUGGUAGGGGCCUGUUCCAUGGAUUGGCGCCAAAAUGCAGCCUUGGAGAAUGUUCUCAUGCUCUUUUCGGGUCACUCUGAGGUGUCAGCUAUGACCUUUUCCAGCCAAAGUGAAAGGCUCAAUAUUUAUUCGGUCUGGGGGUCAUGUGGUUGAUAAGCAACUUGUCUCUUUGAAGCGUGAAGAUUCACUAUCAACCUUUUGGGACGAGGCCCCCCUUUGGUUCUGUCCUGGAUCGUAAGCGGCCAUAAGUUAAGUGUGAAACGUUACCCCCAUUUCCUCCCCUAAUCAGGGAAGCCUGCAUUCCUUUGAGUGGUUGAAUUAAAGAUGGACAAAGCAGAAAGCAGUCGUCUUGUUAGAAGGGUCCCAGCCAUAGUACUAGCCACCAAACAUCUUUUUAACUUUGACUAAUUUCUUUAGCAAAGAGACUAAACAUACUCACCUACUCUUUUUCAGCAGCUGCUUGUUAACGAAGACCCCGUGGCGAGUCCAUCGACUACAGCAGGGUGUAUAGCUCAAGGAGGAACAUUUAUGAUCAUUUCUUUAUCAUUUCCUUGUAGUAAUAAUCACCAUAUUAAUAAUUUUGCACUGCAGACGCGGUAGUUCUUCUGCCUAUUGCUAUCUGCGGCCAUUACUGAAGUUCGUAUAACUAGAGAAGCAAGUGGUUGGCAACUUUCAUCUCUCGAGGGGGUGUCUAAUUUGGUGUUAUGGUGUGUUUGACCCUAGAUUAAUUUUACGCUGGAAUAUCCCUUUAAAUAGUUUGUUUCAUUUGUUAUAUUGCACAAACAAGCACAUCAUUACACAGUCUGAGCAUUAAUCUUGUGAUAUUGUGAAAUUCAAAUACUGAAUACAAAUGUGAUAACUUUAACAAUUCCUCACUGUGUUUUUUUCUUCUCAGCCAACAGUCCAACCAGGAGGCAGAGCCUGCUCUUCUGA